CACAUACAGAAUCCCUGCUUUUGGGAAGACGUCACACACAAGCGCGUCACUCUCUCCGAGUGAGCGCGGCUUUACAGCGGGAAGCGGUGGCUGGAGAGGGAAGAAGAGAAAGAGGGAGGGUGGCGAUAAACGCUUAUUGUUCUUGAGGAGCCUGAACUGGAGGUGUGGCAUCUGCCGGGCGUUGUCGUGGAGACAGAGUGCUGGCUGUUCCCUCUUCCUCUUAGCUGAUCGCUCAGACGCUGAUCACAGGAACGCUGAUCCUUAUGGCAUCUAGAACAGCAGCCACAGGUGGCCAUGCUGUUCUCUCCGUUCUCUUGUGCUCUGGGGCUCUCCCUCCUGCCACUCCUCCUGUUUCAGUGCCCCGCCCACGCCUGCCCAGCCCGCUGCGAGUGCUCUGUGCCCACGCGUUCUGUGUCAUGCCAUCGCAGACGCUUAGCGCAGGUGCCUGAAGGCAUCCCUAUAGAGACAAGGGCACUGGACCUCAGUAAAAACCGUCUGCGCAUUGUGACACCACAGAAUUUCUCCUCACUGCUGUUGCUUGAGGAGCUGGACCUCAGCAACAACCUGUUGUCAUCUGUGGAACCUGGCAGCUUCCGCACUCAGCCGCGGCUCCGCUCGCUCCGACUGCGCAGCAAUCAGCUGACUCUGCUGCCGCGUGGAGCGCUGGCCGGCCUCAGCGAGCUCACUCUGCUGGAUGUCAGUCAAAACCGUCUUGUUAUUCUGCUGGACUACGGCUUUGAGGAGCAGCGGAGGCUGCGGGUACUAGAGCUGAGUGAUAAUGAGCUAGUGUUUAUCGCCCCACGGGCCUUCAGCGGCCUGGCGUCCCUGCGCUCUCUAACGCUGCAGCGAUGCAACCUGAGCACAGUGCCCACACAUGCUCUCGCACAUCUGCAUGGCCUAACCAGCCUGCGAUUGCGGGACUUGGGAAUCACGGAGCUUCAAGCACACGCAUUUAAGGGUCUGCCACGACUGAAACACCUGGAAGUGGACCGCUGGCCUUUGUUAGAAGGGUUUCCGACCUCCGCUUUGCAGGGGCUGAACCUCAGCACACUCUCCAUUACCCACACCAACUUGACGUCCGUGCCAGUGGUGACACAUCUACUGUAUCUAACGCAUCUCAACCUGUCUUACAGCCGUAUACGUGUCCUGCCAGCAGGGUGGUUAAGGGGAAUGGACCGGCUGGAAGUUGUGCGUGUACGACAGUCUAACCUGCUCAGUGUGGAACCUCAAGCCUUUCAAGGAGCCUCUUCGCUGCGCCUUCUUGACCUUUGUUACAACCGUCUCUCCACGCUUGAAAGAAGUGUUUUUCCUGCUUCUGAGGCCCUGCAGACUCUUCUGAUUGGCCAGAACCCGUUAGUGUGUGACUGUCGUCUACGCUGGCUCCUGGAGAGGACUCCACCUUUGCUGUAUGGUGAUGUUCAACCUGAAUGUAGUGCUCCUGCUCCCUUGGCUGGGAAGCCACUUAGGGACCUGAUGGAACCUCAAAUCUCUCGCUACGUUAUCUGCACCAAGCCCAGGGUUGUCUCAAUGGCAACUUACCCAGCACAGACAGAAGAAGGACAGAGAGCUUGGCUAUACUGCAGUGCGGACGGGGCUCCACCACCUUCUGUGUCAUGGCUGACACCGCAUAGGCGGCACAUUACCACAAAGAGCACGGGAAGAAUGGUGGUCCACACAAAUGGCUCGCUGGAGUUCCGCAUGGCAGAACCUCAGGAUAGUGGCAUGUACGUGUGCGUGGCAUCGAACCCAGCAGGCAAUGCCACUCUGUCCAUCACUGUAGCUGUGAAAAGCUCUGGAAUCAGGGAUAGAGCCCUUUACGCCAACCGCAGCUUUCUGUUUGACUCCGACUACAACAGUUCCCUGAUUAAUGGCACGGAGGAGUACACCAUCAGGGUAGUGCUGGACUUCACCACCAUCCUGGUCUCCACAGCAAUGGGCUGCCUCAGCUUCCUGGGUGUCGUCUUGUUCUGUUUCUUGUUGUUGUUUGCAUGGAGCCGUGGCAAAGGGAAGCACAGAGGUAGCGUGGACAUUCAGUACGUCCCACGAAAGCGGAAAGGCGCAAACUCAGAACUUACAGAAACAAGUGGGCCCAGACGAGUCAACAUGAAGAUGAUCUAAACUUUUUAU